AUGUUUGGACUCAUUUUGUGUCAACUUCGGCCACUGAAGCAAAAUGCAACAUCUGCAAAAAAAAAUCUUUCCACCAAAGGUGGAAGCACUUCGAAUUUGAGAAGACACCUGAAAACCUCACAUCCAACUGUGCUGUUAGCACAAGUUAGAACAGAGAUUGAAGAUGGUGGCCCUGCAGCAGCUGGAGCUGUUUCCACCACAACAGCUGGAGCUGUUUCCACUACAAGCACCUCUUCAGCUGGAUUUUCAACAUGUUUGGCCGGUGCCUCAUCUGCAGAAUCCAGUAUACCAGCAGCACCCACCACCAUCCAAGGAGCAGUUAGAUCAAGGAGGCCACAACAGCAAAUCUCUAUGAGCAGUUUUGUAACACGACCAAUGGAUCCGUUAAGACAGAGCAAACUAGAUGAGGCUCUGGUCAAAAUGAUUGCUUGUGACUUUCAGCCCUUUUCCAUAGUGGAGGAUAGGGGCUUUAAGGAAUACUCACAUCUUCUGGACCAAUCAUACAGCCUACCUAGCAGAAAAACACUUACAAAAACUGUAAUGCCUAGGCUAUAUGAGAAGCUAAGAGCAGACAUCAUGGACAAAAUCAAAAGUGCAUCUGCUGUGUGUCUUACAACAGACUGCUGGACCUCUGUGACUACUACAAGUUAUAUGGCUGUGACUUGCCAUUUCAUAGAGGACUUUAAGAUGACAUCCUAUCUCCUGGACUGCUUUGUCUUCACCGACAGACACACUGCUGCUAACCUGGCAAGUGAGCUGACCAGGGUUACAAAUGAAUGGGGUGUGGUUGACAAAAUUGUAGCCUGUGUCACAGACAAUGCCAGUAACAUUGUUUCAGCCCUCAGAGAUCACCUCCACUGGGAUCACAUACCCUGUUUUGCACAUUUGCUGAACCUUAUUGUGAGAGCUGCACUAAAAGAGGUCCAAGCAAUAUUGCAAAAGGUGAAGACUAUUGUUGAGUUUUUCCAUAGAAGCACAGUUGCUUCAGAAAAGCUAAAGGCCACACAAAAACAAAUGGGUCAGGAGCAGCUGCGCUUAAAACAGGAUGUGGCCACAAGGUGGAAUUCAACAUUUUAUAUGUUGAAAAGAUUUAUUGAAAUCAAAGAACCAAUCAUCUCUACAAUGGCUCUCACCAAUGCAUCUCUGCCAACCUUGUCGCCAGAGGAAUGGGAAAUUUGCAAGGAAAUAAUGGAUAUUAUUCAUCCAUUUGAGGAGGUCACUACGGAAGUGAGUGCAGAAAAGUUUGUGACAGCCUCCAAAAUCAUAUUGAUGACUAGAGGUCUUCAGAAGAUUGUUGCCCGGAAUCAAAGGAAUCCCUCCAGCUUUGCACCUGUAAAAAAACUAGUUGACACCUUGAUGUCAGAAAUGACCAGAAGGUUUGGCAAAGUGGAGCUCAUUGAAAAGCUCGCUGAUGCAACUUGCUUGGAUCCCAGGUUCAAAAAGCAAGCCUUUGUAAACCAGCAGGCAGCCAAAGACACAGUGGAAAGGGUUAGAGCAGCAGCUGCAGCUAUAAACCCAUCUCAAAGUGAAAAGGAGAGUCCUCCAGAUUCUGGUGCGACUUCCAGUGCAGGGGCCAUGUUCUGGGAAGACUUCGAUGAGAGGGUAGCAAGCUUGAGGCCUUCUGCUGCCACUUCAACUACAACAGAUGCUAUGGUGGAGAUGCGAGCCUACCUUGCGGAGCCACUCUUACCUCGCACAUCGGACCCUCUAGCAUGGUGGAGGAGAUAUUCAGCUGUUUAUAAAAGCCUUUCUGAGGUUAUGAAGGCUAGACUUUGCAUUGUGGCCACUUCUGUGCCAUCGGAAAGAGUAUUUUCUAAGACUGGGCAGAUAAUAUCGGACAGAAGAAACAGGCUCAGCCCAACCAAGGUCCGGGAGCUUGUUUUUUGA